AUGUCUGACGUUCAGAAGCCUGUUGAGGAGACCCCCGCGGCCGCUCCCGUCGCGGAGACUCCCGCUGAGGUUCCUGCUGCCACCGAGGCCGCUGUUGAGGCUCCUAAGGAGGAGACCAAGGACACUCCCGCUGAGGAGACUGCUGCCGCCACUGAGGACAAGCCCGCGGAAGCUGCUGAGCCCGCCAAGGAGGAGGCAAAGGAAGUCGAGCCCGCCAGCGAGGGCACUCUCGGCUACAAGGCCCCCGGUCUUGUCAAGGGCUUCCGCUUCGCCAAGCGUUUCUUCUACUUCCAGGAUGAGGCUGUUGAGGCCAAGCAGCUGACUGCCUUCCACAAGGAAGAGAAGCCCGCCGUUGCCAACCCCAUCGCCGCCUGGGCCAGCCAGACCGGCAAGGGUCUCCUGUUUUUCACCAAGCGCGCCGAGGACAAGGCCACCCCGGCCGGUAUCUUCAACCUGGCUGAGGUCUCUGAUAUCACCAAGGAGGCUGCCAAUGAGUUCAUCUUCAAGGUUGGCGGCCAGAAGUUCACCUUCCAGGCCACCACCGGCGCUGAGCGUGACAGCUGGGUUGCUGCUCUGGAGGCCAAGUCCACCGAGGCCAAGGCUGAGAAGGAGACCAUCAUUGGCAGCGAGGGCUACAAGGCUGAGCUCGAGAAGCUGACCAAGCCAGCUGCCGUUAUUGCUGCUGUCAAGAAGCCUGAGGCCAAGGAGGAGACUCCCGCCCAGGAGGACAAGGCUGAGGAGGCUGAGCCCAAGGAGGAGAAGAAGGAGACCGCCAAGUCUCGCUCCCAGUCCCGCAAGCGCGCCAGCAUCUUCGGCUCUCUUCUGGGCAAGAAGGAGGCCGCGGAGGAGAAGAAGGCCGAGGAGAAGAAGGACGAGCCCACUGAGGAGGCUAAGGCCGACGAGCCCGCCGCUGAGACCGCUGUCGCUGCUGAGCCCGCUGCUGAGGAGGCUGCCGCCCCUGCCGCCGUUGAGACCACCGAGGCCGCCGCUGUCGCUCCCGUUGACACUGCUGACAAGGUAGAGGACAAGAAGGAGGAGGAACCCAAGGAGGAGAAGAAGGAAGAGAAGAAGGCCAAGCGCGCCUCUAUCUUCGGCACUCUCUUCCAGAAGGUCACCAGCCCCUCCCAGGAGAAGUCCGAGAAGGAGGCCACCGCCCCUGCUGAGGAAAACGCCGUUGCUGCCACCGCUCCUCAGCUUGAGAACCCCGUCGAGGAGGCCAAUGUGAAGCCCAUUGAGCCCGAGGCUGUCACUGCUCCCGCCGAGGGCGACGCUGCUAAGACUGAGGAGGUCAAGGAGACCCCUGCUGCUGAGGCUGCCACUACCCCUAAGGACAAGCGCCGCACCUCUUUCUUCGGUAACUUCGGCAAGAAGGAGAAGAAGACCGAGACCUCCGAUAACGAGGCCACCGAUGGUGAGUCUAAGGCCAAGUCUAGCAAGCUUGGUGGUCUGUUCCGCAAGCCCAGCAAGGCUGUGAAGCUCGACAAGGACGAGGUUACCGCUGCUGAGACUGAGGCCAAGGCCGACAAGGCUGAGGAGGUUGCCGCCACUGAGACCGCUGCCGAGGAGACUCCCGCCCCUGUCGAGGAGGUUGCUAAGCCCGCCGAAACCACCACCGAGGAGGCCAAGAACGUUAACGUGGCUACCUCAACCCCUGUUCAGGCUGCGGCUUAA